GCGGCGGAGAGCCGUUUGAUUGCCUUGUCUGUUCUCCGUCCCGGAGAAAUAGGCGGAAAGGAGAGAUUUUGAGCUCCCUGUCCUGUCACCAUUUUUGGUGAGUGUACCUUUCUAGGUUUUCUUCUGUUUGGCAUCCGCUGCAAAUGGAGGCUCUUCUAGGGGUGGGACAAUUAUGUCGGCAAAGACGUUGAGGAGUGGCGAAGCCAGGGGGAGUAGCAAUCAACGUUGUGUGUGUCUGUGUAUUUCUGAAUAUUUUAUCAUCUGGAGCAACUGUUUCUCCCUACCGACUCUAUUUAUUUGGAGAUCGAUCGAGUUUUGUGGCGACUUACAACAAUUAAAAAAAAAAAAAGCUUUCUUUGUCCUGCAAGAAGUAAGUCAGGGAAGUUCUGAUCGGAAAGGAGUAAACUAGUUGGCAAAGCUUGAGCUUUUUCUAGUUUUCUCUUGUCAAAAUCCCUUCUGCGGGGAAAUCUGCGGCACAAGAAGCAUUGUUUCAGCGCUUUGUGGUCUCAGUUCAUGCCAUUGAAGGAAAAUGGGAAUUCUGCUUUGAAGGCAACUUCCUCAAUCAUUGUACCCGUUCCUUUGCAUGUUAGAGUGCUGAUUUGCUGAUGUCCGCGGCAGCGGAGAAAGUCGAGCCUUUGACCGCCUCUUCAUCUUCUCUAGAGGUGGAUCCACUUCUCAAGGAUUUAACAGAGAAAAAGUUGAUCUUUAAGAAGAACGUAGCUACGUUGGCAACUGAGCUGAAAGAUGUCCGGCGCCGCUUGGUUUUGCAGGAGCAGUCUUUUGCGAAAGAGGCCCAUGCUAGGAAGGUAGCAGAGAUGAGAGCAGGGAGCAUGGAAGAGGAAAUAGGCCGGUUGCAGAUGUGCUUGCAAGAGAAGGAUGAGAAGCUCAAUGCAACCUUGAGUACCACUCAGCAGUAUACAAAGGAGUUGGAUGUUUUAAAAUCUCAACUGUCAAUCACUCAAGCGACUGCUGACGCUAGUGUUGUAUCAGCUAAAUCAGCUCAAACUCAAUGCUUAGAUUUGUUAAGAGAUCUGGAUGAAAAAAAUAGUUUGCUAGAAGCACAUGAAGACAGAGUAAAUAAACUUGGGAAGCAGAUAGACCUUCUGCAAAAAGAUCUCAAAUCAAGAGAACUCUCACAAAGGCAACUAAGGGAGGAAGUAUUGCGAAUAGAGAAAGGAAUAAUGGAUGUGGUUGAAAUAGCUGGAGCUAAAAAGGACUGUGAAUUUAGGAAGAUUUUGACUGAAGUUUUGCCAAAGAACAUUGAGAAUAUCAAUAAGCAUCUGACUGCAAAAGAUGAAGAAAUUGCUAGGUUGAGGGAUGAGAUUAGAGUCUUGUCUGUGCACUGGAAACAGCAAAGUGAGGAAUUACAAGCACAGCUAGAGCAACAACGUAGAGUUGAUCAGGAGCUGAAGAAGAGGAUAAUGAAACUUGAAUUUUGUCUUCAAGAAGCACGGACCCAGAUGAGAAAAUUUCAGAAGAUGGGUGAGAAAAGAGACAAGGCGAUUAAGGAGUUAAAGGAUCAAUUGGCUGCAAAGCAGCCGAACUGUUCAAAUUGCGGAAAUAGAGUGAAUUUUUGGGAGAGACAAGGGUUUAAGAUCAUUGCUUCGAUGUCUAUGCUAGUCCUUGUUAUUUUUGCAAAGAGAUAGAGUAAGAGCUUUUUGGUUGUUGCCUUUGUAAAUGAAUGUAGGCGCAGUUUCACGUUACAAAAUCGAUACCAUGUAUAAAUAUGUGCACUUUGUGGUAGUCCAAAUUUUAAAAGGGGCAAUUUUCUAGAGGCUAUCAAUGGCUGGAUGGAUUGAUUCA